CCACCACCAGCAGCUUCUUCUCUGGGGGAAAUUCCAUCAUGCCUACGCAAGCCACUGCACGGACCUCCUCACCCCAUAAAUAGGGGAGUUGCUGCCUGUCUCAGCAUCACACAGAAAAGAGACUUUCAAGCUUCACUUGCCUGCUCCAGCUCCGGCCACCACUUCUCAGCUGACAUGAAGGUCUCUGUGGCUGCCCUCGCCCUUCUCAUCGCCGCCUUCUGCUACCAGACCUCCUCAGCACCACUUGGCUCUGACCCACCGACCUCCUGCUGCUUCUCCUACACCUCCCGGCAGCUGCCCCGCAGCUUCGUGGUGGAAUACUACGAGACCAGCAGCCAGUGCUCCAAGCCAGGCGUCGUGUUUGUCACGAGGAAGAGUCGCGAAGUCUGUGCCAACCCCGAGGAGGACUGGGUGCAGGAGUACAUGAGCGACCUGGAGCUGAACUGAGGUCCCGGGACAGACCCUGACACCCAUGUCUGCUGGCAGGGCCUGGCCGGCUGCGUCAGGACUGUUCCCGUGUCAUUGCAAGCUAGUUAGGAAAGUGAAAAUGUACCGAAAUCUGACUUUAACGUUUUGCUAUUUAAUUUUUUAUAGGGGUGGGAUCAGGUGCAAUAACUCUGCUCUAGACAAAUAAGUAUAUUAUUUAAUAGAUCUAUUUUUUUAAAUGAAGGUUCAUGCUUAGGUUAUAUUUUCUGUAUUUAAUUAAUUAUAAUUUUGAUGUAAUAUAUUAUUCAUAUUUCAAGAAAUAAAUAUUUUUGUAAGAAC